AUUGUCAUCAAGUGUCAAAGUGGUGUCAAAUUGCCGCAACGCAAAGAUAAUUGUUCGAUGAUGAACUAAAUUUUAUUUUGUUGUUUCAACAAUCAACAAUUUUUACAAUAAACUUUUACAACACUUUAUAAUGAAUUUAUCAGAAGAAAACAAUUUUGGGAACGGACUUUUAUAUGUAGGAUUUAAUCAAGAUCAAGGCUGUUUCGCCUGCGGAACGGAAAAUGGAUUUCGUGUAUUCAAUAGUGACCCACUAAAAGAAAAAGAACGCCAGAAUUUUUCCGAUGGCGGAUUGUCUUAUGUGGAAAUGUUAUUCAGAUGUAAUUACAUGGCUUUAGUUGGGGGUGGUACGACACCAGUCUAUCCACCCAACAGAGUAAUAAUAUGGGAUGAUUUAAAAAAGGAUUCAGCUAUAUCACUUGAUUUCAACAACCCUGUAAAAGCUGUAAAAUUGAGAAGAGACCGCAUUGUUGUUGUUUUAGAAAAUCUCAUAAAGGUAUACACAUUUACGGCACAGCCACAAUUAUUGCAUGUAUUUGAGACAUGUCUUAAUCCACGUGGUUUAUGUGUAGUUUGUCCAAACAGUAAUAAUGCUUUACUUGCUUAUCCAAGCCGAAAAUGUGGGCAUGUGCAGUUGGUAGAAUUGAAUACUCAAACAGGCGCAAGUGCUACUCCAGAUGGUCAUCUUAUAAGUGCACAUGAAGCACCAUUGAGUUGUUUAGCCCUGAACGUUGGUGGGACCAGGCUAGCUACAGCUUCUACAAAGGGCACACUUAUUAGAGUAUUUGACACAGCUACUGGUCAGAAAUUAGCUGAACUUAGAAGAGGUGCUAAUCAAGCAACUAUUUACUGCAUAAAUUUCAACCAUACAAGUACCAACUUAUGUGUGACAUCCGACCAUGGCACAGUGCAUGUAUUCAGUCUUGAAGAUGAGAAACUGAAUAAACAGUCAAGUCUAGCCACAGUGAAUUUUCUACCAAAGUACUUCUCCAGCAAUUGGAGUUUCUGCAAAUUUACUAUUCCUAAUGGUCCACCUUGCAUUUGUGCAUUUGGAGUUGAUAAAAGUUCCAUUAUUGUUAUCUGUGCUGAUGGUUCUUAUUACAAAUACAAAUUUAAUGAGAAAGGUGAAUGCACCAGAGAUGUCUAUGCCCAAUUUCUGGAAACAUCUGAAGAUAGAUAAAUGUGAUAAUUACGCUGAGGAUAUCACUGCAAAGAAAUUAGUCACUACCUCAGCAGUAAUGCACUAAUUUCUUUUAUUUGACUGGCACUAUGCUGUGACAUGCUUGCCCUGUUCUCGUUUCUAUGAAUGGCAGCCAAUUUACUAAAAUGUUAAAGUUUAAGUAAUUAAAUUAUUAGAUUGAUGAUCCUUUGGCUCUAUAGGAAAUGUCAUAAGAACUGGGUGAGUGAUAUUUCUUUCAUACCUGCUACUCUUAAUUUUGAAGGAAGUUCAGUGUUAUUUAACAAUUCACGACGGUCACAUUCUUAUCAGUGUAGCAGGUUCUAAUAUUUCUUUUUUGUGAUUUCAAUAAUUAUAUUAUUUAAUAUGAUCAAACAAAUUUUAUAACUUUGUAUCAAUAAAAUAAUAUUUCCUUACAUUUUACUAUUGUUGUCAAAAUUAUUUUCGAAUCUUUAAAAACAAACUCAAAAAAUAUAUAUUAGGUUAUAAAUGUGACUGUUAAAUAAUUAUUUAUUUAAACUGUAUGUUUAAGAUUAUAAAAUUGUUGUGAUCUAAUUUAAAUCCGUGUUUUUCGCAUGUAUUUCUUACAAAUAAUUUUCUCAUCGCAUAUGAUUUCAAACACAAAUUACUUAUAUAAAUUUUUUGGAGGCCAUAGGAAUAUUUACACAUCUCUACAAGCGACUUUUAUAUGACGGACAUGUGUUCUUUGUUAAUGACGUCUUGCAUGCUAUCUUCGCUUCGUCACUCCAUAUCUUUGUAUAAAACCGCUAAUACAGAUUGGAAAAUUUAUCUAGAUAAUUUAAUAAUUAAGAGAUAUCCAUUGCUCCAUUGAUGAAAGAAUUAUAGUGAGAAAAUUCAUAUAGUACUUACCUUUAAACUUAUAUACUGUAGGCUAAAACAAACCUACCUAUCUUUAUCAUAAAACGCUGAAAGGAAAGGUCUCAAAAUUUUGUUUAUAAUAAGAAUAAUUUAGCGUUUUAUUGUUAUGAUAUUAAAUAAGUUACAAAUAUUAGCCAAGAAAUACUAAUAGUUACAAUAAUGAUAGAGAUAAACAAAAUAAACAUACUGUCAAAAUUGUCAUAAUAAAUAGAAUGCCUAUAAAUUAACAGAUGGGGUAGCUAGAGGACUCUUGCAGAUGUGAUUGAUACAAUGUGGCAGGAAACGAACUUACCGAUAUUUCUCCUUUAAAUAAAUAUGCUAGUUUUCUUUAUUAUUCUCUGCCUGUACUUGAUUUAUAUGAAGAAAGAGAUAGUAAUAUGAAACAAGUAACAUUAGUAGGCAAUAACGACAAUAAUGGGCUGCGUUUAUUUAUAAUAAUUGCUCAAAAAUUAAAUUCAAACUUAAUUUAGACUACACAAAUUGUUACGAAGUGUUAAAAAAUGUGAAACAAUAAAUAUUCUUUGUGAUUACAGUAGUGCUAUCUCUAAAAAACUGAUAUUUCUAGGAAUU